UUUUUAUCUCUCUUUCUUUUCUCUUCUUUGGUUUUCUUUUGGAGAUGAAGGCACACAGACGGAGCUGCUGAUGUGGAACUGUUGUGGAACUUCAGCACCAUGGCUGCUCUACACCUCCUUAUUCUACUGCAGUUUAUUCUCAGUUUGUUUCUGCCGAGUUCAGGAUUAAUGUCAAAUUAUAAAACGUGUGGAGACGACGCAUGCGCACGGCUGAUGUGCCGUGUUCAGGCCCUGAGAGAUCAUCGUGCUCAGGACUGCAGGUUUCUCAGCUUUAAAAAAGGCGACAUGAUUGACGUUUAUCACAAAUUGUCAGGGAGGAGGAAUGAGCUGUGGGCUGGAAGUAGAGAUAAAGAUUUUGGUUACUUUCCCAAAGAUGCUGUGAAGAUCGAUGAAAGAUUUGUUGAUGAGAAGAAGGAAAUAGAGAUGAGAGCUCAGAAAACAGAUUUCUUCUGUAUGGAUGCGUUCGGGACAAUAAUCAAGAGUGCUGAAGAGUUUGAAGAUUACGAGAACGGAGCUCAAACUGCAGAGUCUGAAGAAUUAGGUAACGGUGAUUUUGAUGAUCGAGACUCCAAAUCAUCUGAAACACAUGAGAAUGUCGAAACGAGCCACGUUGAUAACAAUAAUAAAGGGAAAGCAGAAGAAAGAGGAAGUUCCUGGAUCGGAUCUGCUGUUAGCGGAUGGUUUGCUAACGAUGCUGAGAAUAAAGAGCAGCAGAACUUUAAGAGCAGAAAGCUGGCUUUGGACUUGGAGCAACUGGACAACGAAGAGAGACUGGGGUUAAAGGAUAAAACAGAGAGUGAUGAGGAUUCACCCAGUGAGCAGGUCAGUUACCUGCUGGGAGAUGGAACAAAAAGCCUGUUAGGUUUUGGUGGUGGAGGAGGAGGAGGAGGAGGAGGAGGAGGAGACACUCCACCUACUGAAACCAAUAAACAGACUCAGGAUGAAGAUACGCAGAAUCCGAAGAAAGAACGCGAAGCAACGAGUCGUACAAAAGAAGCCUCGGCCGAGACGAUCAAUGAAAAUGAGAAAAUCGAUGAGAAGUCCUCAGGAUGGUACGACAGCGUCUAUAACACAAUCACCACGUUUUACGAAGAUCCUGCUGAGAAACGAGAAGCCGGUAACGAUGAAGCUGAAGCGAGUUCGAUUGUUCGAGGCACAGAUGAAGACAGAGUCACGAUUUCCAAGGAGGAAAAAAAUCCAGAACCGAAAUCAGAAUCGUUUCUGAUUCAGGACUCAGAAGGUGAUGAGGAGAAAGUGGAAGUGAGCAGCCAGGAGGACCCGGGUGGAAGCAGGCGGCUCGGUGACGGAUGGUACGGAAGCGUCUAUAACAGAAUUUCAGAAUUUUAUACAGACACUCGAGAUGGAAAAGCUGCUCCUGAUAAACGUGAUGAUGACAGUAGACGAGAUCCUUCAUUAACAUCUGAAUGCGUGGAUUUCAGGACAAACCCAGAUGAAAACAUGGGAAGCGGUGAUCCCACUGCUGAGAGGAAGACUGAGAGUAGUAAUGCAGGCUGGUACAACAGCAUCUACAGCAGAAUUAGCGACGUGUAUGGAGACACGUCUGACAGAUAUGAUGUUCCUGGUGUAAUGAAAGAGGGUGAAGCCACCAAAGACACCUCGGCAGAAUCCAUCCUUACUACGAACGGCCUGUCGACCGCGAUCGACAGCCUGAGAGGAGCAGAAAGUGAUGAUGAAACCACAGCGAGUCAGUCUGUGAGAUCAGAGUCGAGUCAGACUCCGCCUUGUGUCUCCACUAAACAGAGUAAGGAUGACGGCAAUGCCGAAGACUUAGUAGCGAGGGACGGAGAAAACUCUGAGAAUUAUCUUUCAAGGAUGAUUAACGGCCUACAAUCACCUUUUAAACCCAACAAUGCAGAAGAUAAAGAAGAGAGCGAUGGAGAACAGACUCUAGAUACAGAUCCGAGUCAGACCGAGUGUGUCACCGAAACAUGUGUGAGUACAAUGGAGAAAGCACCGACGUCUGAGGAGGACAUGGGAAAGGACAUCAACAUGGAGACCAGCUCCAGCACAGACGACUCAGAAAGCUCAACCAGCAAAUCACACUCUAAUGACCAAGAAGUCAACACUGACAGAACUAGAAUAUUAGACACACUCGAGUCUGACCAGAAAACUGCUCCUCAUCUGGACACCAAUAUUAUCACUGAAGAGUUUCUGGAACCUGAAGAAUCCCAAAACACAGUUCUGCGUCUCUACACAGCUCUUGCUGCUAAAUUCACAAGCGAUGUGAUCACGUUUGUGGUGAAGGAGAGUGCACAUGUGACACACUCCAUCCAUCAGGUCGUGAUGUCACUUCCUGACGAAAUCCGACCCGGCCCUGAUCUUUACGGGGUGCCGUGGGAAGCUGUGAUCUUCACUGUCAUGUUGGGUUUAUUCACCUUCCUGCUCUUCACCUGCAGAUUCUUGCAGGCAGUUAACAGCAGGUUGUACUGCAGUAAGGAGAGGAGGAUGGGACAGAAAGUGGCAGAGCUUCUGGAGGAGAAGUGUAAAGUUCUGGAGACUCUCAGUGAGUGUGAACACAAGUUUAAGAAGCUGGACGCUGUGCUGCAGGAUGGUAAACUUUCAGCUCAGGCUUCAGAGAAGGAGGAUUUGGAGGCCAUGUCGAAGAAGCUGGAGGAGACGAAUGUACAGAUGCAGAGAGAUAUGGUGAAGAUGCAGGAGGAACUGGACACACAGGACCAGCUCAGGAAACAGCAGGAAGAGCAGCUCACAAACCUGGAGGAGAUGUUAAAGAAGCUAGAGCAGGAUGCCGCAGAGCGCAAAUCUCAACUAGAGCAGGAUAAAAUGACUCUGAAAAUCCACAAGAUGAACAGUGAGAGACUGCAGAAGAAACUCCAGGAGGUUAAAGAGGAGAACAGCAUGCUGCUGGAGAGCAAAGCACAGCUGGAGCAGGAGGCAGAGGGAUGGAGGGAGCGACUGAGUGAGCUGGAGGAAGAGAAGAGGAUGUGUGAGACAUCACACAACGGAAUGAUGGAGAACUGCGUGAAUAAAGACGAGCGCAUAAAGUCUCUGACAGAGUGCCUGUUGAUGAUGAGAGAUUGGGACACAGAGGAGGAGAGCACCAUGAAUGACUCUUCAGAUUUCAGGCAGAAACAGAAAGUGCAGAAACUGAUUAAUGCAGCAACGAUGAGUGCAGAUCUGAAGGCCAUGGAGGAGGACAAGGACCGAAUGUUCGCCAAACUGACAGAUGAAAUCAAAGCCAAAGAAGAUCUUCAAGAAGGUCUCGAUCAGCUGCAGCAUGAGAAAGUGUCUCUGGAGUCAGAGAGCUCCAUGUACUCCAGUGAAAUAGAGAAACUCCAGCACAAGCUGCAGAUCAUGUCUGAGAUGUACCAGGAGAAGGAACUGAAGCUGCACAGGAUGUUGACGGUGGAGGAGAAGGAGCGCUCACAGAAGGAGGAGCAGCUCAACAAAGCUGGGAAGAAGAUCAGCCUGGCUACAGAUGAGCUCAACUCUUACAGACAAAGAGCCAAAGAGCUGGAGGACGAGCUGGAGAAAACCAACCAGGCUUAUAGGAACCAGAUUGCUGCACAUGAGAAAAAAGCUCAUGAUAACUGGCUGGCUGCUCGAGCUGCAGAUCGAGAUCUAUCUGAUGUGAAGAGAGAAAACUCAGUGCUACGUCAGAGGUUAACGGACUGGCAGUUUAAACUGGAGCUGAUGGAGAAAAACCCACAGGCUCGAGCUCCACUGUUCAGAGGUGAAAGAUCUCCGUUUGGUCCGUCCCCACUCGGUCGCCCCCCCUCUGAAACCCGUCCCUUCCUGUCUCCCCCCACGCUGAUGGACGGACCGUCCAGAGUCUCUCCACAGUUUCCCAUGAUGCCUAGCGGCAGAGCGCCUCCUGGUGGUAUGGAUGGUGACAGGAGUGUUUCUUACUCUGAAAGUGGCUCCCCCACAUGGGAGAGAGAGCGAGAGCGCAGGAGUCUCGGCCCCCCAGGUCCAGAUCCAGGACUCAUGUACAGAAGACCUCUCUCAGCUCCGUUCCUCCGAGCACCGCUUCCUCCUGAAGCGUACUACAGCGACAAGUCAGAGUCAUCGUUCGGGGGAGAAGGAGCUGGGGUUAGUGAAAACGGGGUCAGAGACAGUGGACGCUCGAUGCCUGCUGCUGCUGAUAUAAGGGCGGGGCCUCUUCCUCCCCCUCAGUUUCCUCCAGCGGACCCCCGAGACCCUUAUUUCUCUCGCCGAUCUUACCGUCCUGACUUCUUCCCCCCGCCUCCUCUGACCAUGCGAGGCCCCCCUCCUCCUCUUCCCCCUGGAGUUUUUCCCAGAAUUCCACUGCCUCCCCUCAUGGCAUUUCCCCCGAUGAGACCUCCAACUGAUCAUGUUUCACCUGAACCUCCAUCCAGACCUUCACCUCCAGGCAGUGAGCAGCCAGCUGAACAACCUCCACCUGGUCAGGACAUCAUCUGAGCUCCUGCUCCAUCCUUCUGUCCUCUCUCUCUCUCUCUCUCUCUCUUUAUCUCGCUCGGUCCUGCUUAACGCACCCUUGCUCACUUCCCCUAGUUAGUGCGCAUCACCUCAGUGCCUCAUGCAAUGACUUCUGGGUAAUUUACACUGCUAUCAACUGGAUCUUUCGGUACUGGAGAUGCCGAGUAGACGGAGACAUGGGGAAUUGAACCAGACCUCCUCUGAGUGGGGACGUGAUCUGUGGUGCUUUGUGUCACUUCCUGUAUCAUGACUUCUCUUUCCGCGUCAUCACAUUUCUUAAUUGAUUUUUUUUUUUUUUACUGUAAUAAAGAAUCUGCACCAAGAUGAAGUUUAAUUUAAACAUCUCUGAUGUGUCCACGUCCUCACGCUUCCUCCUGUGUGCUGAUGCUGUAGAUACGGACUAGAUGUUCGUCUGUAAUGAAGCAGCACAGGACUCUCGGGUCCUCCGUGGCUGUUGGUCGUAUUUAAUAAUUUUUAGCUGGACAUGAUGUAAAUAAGCAUCUAAUAGUAUUGUGAAUAUUAUGUACAUACACAGAAUGUAGUGAUGUUGAGACCUGCAGAAGGUCCCUGCAGUCUGUCCUUCACACAGCAGACGCUUCAUCUCUCAGCUGCAAACCUUAAUAAAAAUGUGUGCUUCUA